AUGCUUGACUGGCUGGCCAGUGAGCAUCGUGUCUGCCUCUCAGCUCGGUGGUUGCAGGUGCCCACACCCUUCUUGGCUUCACACAGUGCUGCGGCCGUGCAGCAUGUACCCAAGCCUGGAAGCAGUCGGUCUUACAGUUACCUCAUUACCGGACUCCUGGUGCUUGUGAGUGGUGUCCUUCAGCCCCUCGUACUUAGGGAGUUCUCUACAGAGAAAGUCCAGAAGAGCUUCUAUCUGUUUCAUAAGAAACCUGGCUUUUCCUGGCCAGUGUUGUCAGGACACAACAGUAUAACGUUUUCCGUUUCAGCAGGCAGUGAGAGUGAUCUCAGGGAUGAAGAUCUUCAGAAACAAGAUUGUAAAGAGAAAGCUUCAAAUAUUGAAGCAAUGGGUUAUUCCUGGGUUUCUGAGCGACCUCCAGCUUGCCAAGAAGAAAGAAUAAACAUUCUCAUUCCACAUCAGAGGAAAUUGAGAAGCCUUCUAGUUACAAGAAAUAAUGUUCUCCUGGAAGAUCUCUCAAAAUCUGUGGACAUUAGUAUUACUGCACUUUCUCAAGAUGAGAAAACAAAGACAUUGUCCACAUGUCCGUGUGGGAAGCAGUUUCAAGAAAGGUCUUACCUUAUAUCCCACCAGAGGAUUCACACUGGUGAGAACUCUGACUGUAGCCACAGUGGGAAAGAAUGCAAUCAUAAAACAAACGUUAAUAAGCACAAGUGAAUCCAUACAGGGGAGAAACCCUGUUCCUGUUCUCAGUGUGGGAAAAACUUUCAGCAGAGUUGCCAUGAAGGAAUUCAUGUAAGGAAGAUAAUAUUUAAGUAUCUAGAAUGAGGAAAAACCUUACAAAAUGAAGAAUUCAUGCUUCAUCUGCAGAGUCAUGAGGGUGAGAGAACAUACAGUUGUUUAAAAAAAAAAAAAGUGGAAAAUUUGGCCGGUGUCAACCCAUAAGUGGCACAAGAGAACUUACUUAGCCUCUAAAACCCAGGAGCAUAAAUGAGGUUAGGAAAGGUCCUGCCUCUGUCUGAAAAGUUUCACAAAGAAUUAUGAAUCCCAAAUACUUUGAGAUUAAAGAACACUUCUAAAUAAAUGGGUCAAGGGGAAAAGAUGUCAGGUAAAACAUGGCAAAGAUGUAAAUAAAAUUUAGUGUUCUAAAGUGUGUAAGGUGAAGAAGAGGACAGCAGGGCCGGCUCUGCCCUCUAAUGCACGUCUGAGCAUAAUCUGAGAGGAAUGACUUUUAGCUUUCCAUUUCAGUAACGAGACCUGAGAAAACUGAAAAGGAAGGUUUAUUUUGAGUCCA